AUGGAUGUUCUACCUCCCAAUCCUAUGACCUGGCAAGAAACAAGAGCCCCUGAUGGUCGCACGUAUUACUACAACACUGUCACCCGCGAGACAACAUGGUCGAAGCCUGACGCGCUGAUGACUCCGGUCGAGCGCGCCCUUGCGAAUCAACCAUGGAAAGAAUACACCGCCCCUGAUGGCCGCAAAUACUACUCAAAUUCGCAAACUAAGGAGACUGUUUGGGAUAUGCCUGCACAAUACAAGGAUGCACUUGAUGCCGCCCAACCAACCCCGAAGUCGCUUCCACAAGCCCCCGCGUUCGUCGCCGGUGGCUCGACAGCCCUGUCGACCUACAAUCCCGACGCAGCAAAUCCCUAUGAGAAUCGCAAAUCCGAUCUAGCGUUGCCCCAGAUCAACAAGGAGGUCGUGCCUGACUACUCGAGCUUCCAAGAAGCUGAAGCCGCGUUCCUGAAAUUGUUGAAGAGAUCAAAUGUUCAGCCUGACUGGACCUGGGAACAGACUAUGCGGGCAACUAUCAAAGAUCCUCAAUACCGAGCUCUGAAAGACCCCAAGGAUCGCAAGACAGCCUUUGAGAAAUACGCGGUCGAGGUUCGACAACAAGAAAAAGAGCGAGCCAAGGAGAGAUUCGCUAAGCUCCGCGCAGAUUUCCUCGCGAUGCUGAAAACGCACCCCGAGAUCAAACACUACAGUCGCUGGAAAACAAUCCGACCCAUUAUCGAAAGGGAAACUGUGUUCAGAGCUGCUGAGAGCGAGGACGAACGUAAGCAACUCUUCGAAGAAUACAUUAUCGAACUCAAGAAGCAAAAUCUGGAACAGGAAGCAGCCCGACGCAAGUCCGCCCUGACCGAUAUAACCACCAUCAUGAAGGCUCUGAACUUGGAGCCGUAUACGAGAUGGGCACAGGCCCAAGAACUUUUGCAGUCUCAUGAGCGAUAUCAAAGCGACGAGAACUUUAAGCUUCUCAGUAAGUCAGAUGUCUUGACUGCCUUCGAGAAUCACAUCAAAUCCCUUGAGCGCACCUUCAAUGAUGCACGUCAACAGCAGAAAGCCAACAAGGCAAGAAUUGAACGCCAGAAUCGAGACGCCUUUACAGACUUGCUCCAGGAACUUCGUGCACAAGGCAAGAUAAAAGCCAACACCAAGUGGGUAGACCUACUCCCACAAAUUGAGAAAGACCCCAGGUAUGUUCGUAUGCUUGGUCAAAGUGGUUCAACGCCGUUAGACUUGUUUUGGGAUACUGUCGAGGAGGAAGAGAGUGCUCUUAGAGGAAGAAGGAAUGAUGUCUACGACGUUCUUGAGGACAAACGAUAUGAGGUUACACCCAAGACUACCUUUGAUGAGUUCUAUGAGGUCGUACUCACUGAUCGACGAACAGCCAAGAUCGAUAAGGAUGCUCUGCAGCUGAUAUAUCAACGACUUCGCGACAAGGUGCUCAAGCGAAGCGAGGACGAAAAGCAUGCCGCCGAUCGUCAUCAGCGUCGCGCCGUCGAUGCACUAAGAUCACGCAUCAAGCACCUGGAACCGCCGGUCCGAGUGAACGACUUGUGGGAAGAUGUCAAACCCCGAGUGGAAAAAACUGAAGAGUACAAAGCCUUGGAAAAUGACGAGAUCCGCCAAUCUGCCUUUGAGAAAGUGAUCAAACGUCUCAAAGAGAAAGACGAGGAUACUGAACGUGAUCGCGACCGUCGCCGCGCGCGACGGAGUGACGAACGCGAUUAUCGUAAUGGCCACAGAGACUCUCGACACGGUCGUCUUUCUCGCAGCCCGGAAGCGGAUCCGUACGAGGCCGACAGACGCAAGGCCAUGCUAGUACGGGAACGACAAUACCGCAAGAACACCACAGUUGGGCUCAGCCCGCCUCCCGAGUCGUACCGAGACCGAGACAGGGAACGCCGUCGAGACGAUCGUCAUGGCCGUCUCGACCGAAGUCCUCCGCCCCGGCAACUCGGUACGUUCGAUCGCGAUCGCCGUGAACGGGAGGACGAGCGAGAGCGUCUUUAUCGCGCUCGUGGAGACCCGCGCGGCUCUAGGGAUGAGCUCAACUACGGCGAUGAUGCAAAGAGUCUUACUGGCAGCGAACGGCGACGACGGCGCGAAAGUGAUGGCGAGAGCGUUGCCAGUGCUGAUCGCAGAAGCUCGAAACGAUCCCGCCGCGACAGAAGAGACUCAAGGGAACGAGAACGGAGAAGCAAGACGCCUGAGGUCAAGCAGGAGAAGCAAGAGCCUCCCCCCGAACCUGCAGGGGUGCACUCCGGCAGUGAGGAGGGUGAGAUUGAGGAAGAUUGA